UAAAAACCGCUUCCUUUCUUCUCUGUCAAAGCUCUUCUCUCUUAAUUUCUUUCUUUUGGGUUUUCGUAAAAAACCGAAAGUCACUCACUUUCUCUGGUUUUCAAGGAUAUGCAAGAGCUGAGUUUAUUGAGAUUUCAAGCAAAAGAAUUAGCUGAUGUCGUCGGAGAAGCUCAUUGCAAAUGGUGCGGUACAAUCCGAGGCAAUGAAUAUGAAUGCGGCAUCUUUCUCCUUCACGCCGAUUUUCGAAGAGUUGCCAGUGGCCACCAUUGUAUCGGUGUCGCGGCCCGAUACCGGAGAUAUCAGCCCCAUGCUUCUGUCUUACACCAUUGAGUUUCAAUACAAACAGUUCAAGUGGCGGCUGCUGAAGAAAGCAUCACAAGUUCUCUAUUUACAUUUUGCUUUGAGGAAGCGCGCAAUAAUUGAGGAGUUUCAUGAGAAACAAGAGCAGGUGAAAGAAUGGCUUCAUAGCAUAGGAAUAGUAGAUCAGACGGCAGUAGUGCAAGAUGAUGAUGAACCGGAUGAUGGGGCUGUUCCUGUACAUAAUGAAGAAAGUGUUAGAAACAGAUACGUUCCGUCGCGUGCUGCUUUGCCCAUCCUCCGUCCAGCACUAGGAGGGCAGCAGUACAUUUCGGACAGAGCAAAGGUGGCAAUGCAGGGUUAUUUGAAUCAUUUUCUGGGAAACAUGGAUCUAGUAAAUUCUCGAGAGGUCUGCAAAUUUUUGGAGGUCUCGAAGCUCUCCUUUUUACAGGAGUAUGGACCAAAGCUGAAAGAAGGUUAUGUAAUGGUGAAGCAUCUACCAAAAAUUGCAGGGGCUGAUUCUGAUGUGAACUCUUUUGCGUCCCUUUGUCUUGGUAUCUGUAGCAACAACUGGCAAAAGGUGUGGGCUGUUUUAAAGCCUGGGUUCCUGGCCUUACUAGAGGAUCCUUUUGACACUGAACUUUUAGACAUAAUCGUUUUCAAUGUACUGCCAACCUCAAAUGAAAAUGCAUGCUCGCAAAUAUAUUUGGCUAAUCAAAUAAAGGAACGCAAUCCUUUACGUUAUACAUUAAGGGUUGCAUGUGGAAAUCAAAGCUUAAGGUUAAGAACCACUAGCAAUGCUAAAGUAAAAGAUUGGGUUGCUGCAAUUAAUGAUGCUGGUUUAAGGCCUCAUGAAGGUUGGUGUCAUCCUCAUCGCUUUGGUUCCUUUGCUCCUCCAAGGGGUUUGACUGACGAUGGGAGUCGAGCUCAAUGGUUUGUAGAUGGCCAAGCAGCAUUUGAAGCUAUUGCUUCUUCUGUUGAAGCUGCAAAAUCAGAGAUAUUCAUCACUGGCUGGUGGCUUUGCCCAGAACUGUAUCUAAGACGUCCUUUUCAGAGUAAUUCAUCUUCUCGGCUUGAUGCAUUACUAUAUGAAAAGGCUAGGCAAGGAGUUCAGAUUUACAUUCUUCUCUACAAGGAGGUUGCUCUUGCUUUAAAGAUCAACAGUUCGUACAGUAAGAAAUUGCUUUCUAACAUUCAUGAGAAUGUGAGAGUAUUGCGCUAUCCUGACCGUUUUCCCACAGGCAUUUAUUUGUGGUCACAUCAUGAAAAACUUGUCAUUGUUGAUUACCAGAUUUGCUUCAUUGGAGGACUAGAUUUGUGCUUCGGCCGCUAUGACACAGUUGAACACAAAGUGGGUGACUGCCCUGCUCAUAUAUGGCCAGGAAAGGACUACUAUAAUCCAAGAGAAUCUGAACCAAAUUCUUGGGAAGACACAAUGAAAGAUGAAUUGGAGCGUGAAAGAUUUCCGCGUAUGCCAUGGCAUGAUGUCCAAUGUGCCCUUUGGGGACCUCCUUGUCGUGACAUUGCCAGGCACUUUGUUCAGCGCUGGAACCAUGCUAAGAGAAACAAAGCUCCAAAUGAACAAACCAUUCCACUACUUAUGCCUCAACACCACAUGGUCAUCCCUCAUUACAUGGGAAGAAGUAGAGAGAUAGACGUUGAAAAGAAAAACAAAGAAGAAACCCCGAACUCCUUUUCUCCGCUAUCACCGCUGCAGGAUAUUCCAUUGCUUUUGCCUCAAGAAGCUGAUGGUUUAGAUGCUCCUAUUGUAGACAAAAAGCCAAGCGCCCUGGACUUGAACCAUAAUCUUCUUGACCAGCCAACCGAUGGUUUAUACACAGAUUUGCAGAUGGAAGGUUUUGUAGAUGACCUUCAUUCUAUUGAUCUCAAAAGUGAAACAAAUUUAAAUAUGGUGGCACAAUCUGGCUCGACAACUUCAAAUGAAGGGUUGGAAAGUCCAGAGGAACAUGAUCAUGCUGUUGCUGCUGAUGAUUCUGCACAAAUAGGUCCUCGUACUGCAUGCCAUUGUCAGGUUGUCAGAAGUGUGAGCCAGUGGUCUGCUGGAUCUAGUCAGGCUGAAGAUAGCAUACACAAAGCUUAUUGUUCUCUCAUUGAGAAAGCAGAACAUUUUGUCUAUAUUGAGGUUUCAGUGUUGCCUCUGGAGCAUUCUGAUUUUAUAAAUCAAUUCUUCAUAUCAGGUCUUUCAGGGGAUGAGAUUAUACAGAAUCGUGUCCUGGAAGCGUUGUACAGGCGUAUUAAGCUAGCACACAAGGAACAAAAGUGUUUUAGGGUGAUCAUUGUCAUACCACUCUUACCUGGCUUUCAGGGUGGUGUGCACGAUGGUGGUGCAGCUACUGUUAGAGCCCUAAUGCAUUGGCAGUAUCGAACUAUUAGCUGGGAAAAACAUUCAAUACUGCAUAAUCUAAAAGUUUUGCUUGGUCCUAAGACACAUGAUUACAUUUCUUUCUAUGGUCUGAGGUCAUAUGGCAGACUUUUCGAAGGUGGUCCUGUGUCCACAAGUCAGGUUUAUGUACACAGCAAAGUGAUGAUAAUAGAUGAUUGUGUUGCCUUGAUCGGAUCGUCUAAUAUUAACGACAGAAGUCUGCUUGGAUCAAGAGACUCUGAGAUUGGUGUAGUAAUUGAAGAUAAAGAGUUUCUUGAAUCAUCUAUGAAUGGACAGCCUUGGAAGGCCGGAAAAUUUGCUUAUAGUCUUAGGUGCUCUCUGUGGUCUGAGCACCUGGGUCUUCAUGCAGGGGAGAUAAAUCAAAUCAGUGAUCCUGUGUCAGACACAACAUACAAAGAUCUGUGGUUAGCAACUGCAAAGGAAAAUUCAAUUAUUUACCAAGAUGUCUUUUCUUGUAUUCCGAAUGAUUCUAUACACUCAAGAGCUGCUCUCAGACAAUGCAUGGCUCAUCAGAAAGAGAAACUUGGGCACACCACAAUUGAUUUGGGGAUAGCCCCUGAGAAGAUACAGUCCUGUGAGAAUGGAGAGGUGAAAGAAACAGAUCCAAUGGAAAAAUUGAAGCAUGUAAGGGGACAUCUUGUUUCCUUCCCUUUAGAGUUUAUGCAACAAGAAGAUUUGAGACCAGUGUUCAAUGAAAGUGAAUUUUAUACAUCCCCUCAAGUUUUUCGUUAGGUAUGAUUCCAUUAAGGCCAGGAGGCACAAGAAAAAAAAUGUAAAAAUAGAUGUAUAUAAAUAGUACAUAAUUCCAUUUGUUUACAUUCAAUUGUACAUAAUUCCACUCAAAGAUUGAGAGAUUUAUUAGCAAUAGAGAAGCACCAAUGCUGACCAAAUUCAU